AACCCGCCUUGAAGUUUCCCUCUUUUCUACUCCCUGCGCUCUCUGUCUCUCUUCUCUCCAUUAAAAACCACAUCGAUCCACUUCUCAUCAGAUUAGUACACACUACUACUACACAGGCGAGACAUGUUUCAACCUUUAAAAGAGAGAGAAUAUGACAGAAAGUGCGGUGACCUUCUUGCUUAGAAAGCUUGGAAGCUUGAUUAAAGAAGAGCUGAAAUCGUUGGGUGGAGUUAAGCGGGAAAUUGUGUUCAUCAGAGACGAGCUGGAGAGCUUGAGGGCCUUCCUGAGGGUUGCUGAUGCAAUUGAAGACAGUGAUCCAGAGAUCCAAGCAUGGGUUAAGCAAGUCAGAGACGUCGCUCACGACACCGAUGACGUUCUUGAUGAAUUUAUGCUUCGCUUUGCUCAUCGUCAUCAUCAUCAUCAUCGUGGAUUCUAUGGAGCUGUUUGUAAGAUCUAUUAUCAAAUUAAGAACAUGAAAGCUCGUCGUCAAACUGCUUGUGAUAUACAGGACAUCAAAACCAGAGUCAUCGAUAUUGCAGAGAGACGUCAGAGGUAUGGUUACAAAUUCAGUACCUCAGAGCAAGCCUCAAGCUCCGAUGUGGCGAACAAUGGAGGAUGUUAUGAUCGAAGAGGUGAUGCACUUCUAUUUGAAGAAGAUGAUCUUGUUGGCAUCGACAAUCCCAAACAACAGCUCAUUGAUUGCGUCCUUGAUGAUGCUGAUUCUCGACUCAAAGUGAUUUCGGUGGUGGGAAUGGGGGGUUUGGGUAAAACCAGCCUCAUCAAGAAAGUUUACGGUGACACGAAAGUGAAGAGACAUUUUCAAAAAAAUGCUUGGAUCACUCUCUCACAAUCAUUUAAGAUUGAAGAGAUCCUCACAGAUUUGAUUCAACAACUCUUCGAUGAAGUCAGACAACCUAUCCCUCAGAGGUUCGAAACCAUGGACAGCAAUAGUCUGAAAGCAGUGCUCAAAGAGUUCCUCCGAGAAAGCAGGUACGUGCUCGUCCUGGAUGACAUUUGGAGCAUAGAGGCAUGGGAUGCUAUCAAACUUGCAUUGCCAAACCGCAACUGUGGCAGCCGUGUGCUACUCACAACACGUAUCGGUAAUGUUGCUUCUACCUCUUGUAGAGAAUCCCAUGGUUACAUCUAUGAAAUGAAUGCUUUGUCUCCAAAAGAGUCUUGGACUCUGUUUUGUAAGAAGACAUUUCAGGAGAAGGAUUGCCCUCCACAUUUAAUUGAAAUUUCGAAAAGUGUCCUGAGAAGAUGUGAGGGCUUGCCCCUGGCGAUUGUGGUGAUUUCUGGGGUGUUGGCUUCAAAGGACCAGGGAAGAGUAGAUGAAUGGGAGUUAGUGAAUCGCAGUCUUGGUGCUGAAGUUGAAGGCAGUGAUAUGAAGAAAAUAUUGUUUCUAAGUUACAAUGAUUUGCCAUAUUAUCUCAAGUCUUGUCUCUUGUACUUGAGUAAUUUCCCAGAGGAUCAUUUGAUCGAUUGGAUGAGCACGAUUCGAUUGUGGAUCGCAGAAGGAUUUGUGGAAGUCAAAGAAUUUGGAAAGACACUAGAGGAAGAUGCAGAGGCUUACCUCUAUGAGCUCCUUAAUAGAAGCUUGAUUCAAGUGGCAAUGAGAAGGGAUGACGGAAGGAUCGGAAAGUGUCGUAUACAUGACCUUUUGCGUGAAAUUAUUCUUUCAAAGUCAAGAGAUCAUAACUUUCUAACGAUAGCAGGAGAAGGAGAAGGAAACAUGAGGUGUCCUGAAAAAGCUCGACGACUAUCAAUUCAUAAUACCUUACCAAAUAUACCAGAACAAGAUAAGUGUUUCUCUCAACUACGUUCUUUGCUUAUGUUUGGGGUAGAUGAACCUAUGUCUGAGUCCUCCAUGCCUCUAUUGUUCAAUGGUGGGUUGAGGUUGUUAAAAGUUCUACACUUGAGAAAUGCUUCUUUGGAGAGAUUUCCAGGCCAUGUGGUCAAGUUGUUCCAUCUAAAGUAUCUAAGCUUGAGAGGAACAAACGUGAAGGUGCUUCCAAAGUCGAUUGGAUUGCUUUGGAACCUAGAGACGUUAGAUCUUAAAAACACGUAUGUGAGAGAGUUGCCUGUUGAAAUUCUAAGGCUCCAAAAGUUGCGCCAUCUUUCGUUAUAUCGUUAUGAAACUGGGCAUAUUUAUCUUUCAUUUCACUGCAAAUAUGGCUUUGAGGCACCAUCUAAGAUAGGCGGCUUGCAAUCCCUACAAAAGUUAUGCUUCUUAGAGGCAAACCAUGCCAAUGGUAGCACCCUAGUGAAAGAGAUAGGAAGGCUGACCCAAUUAAGGAGGUUGGGAAUUUUGAAUUUGAGAAGAGAGGAUGGGGUGGGUUUGUGCUCAUCCAUUGAGAAGCUAAGCAACCUUCGCUCAUUAUAUGUAACUUCAAUAGAAGAGGAUGAGAUCCUUGAUCUACAAUCUCUAUCUCCUGCUCCUCAAUUUCUUCAGCGACUAUACUUGAGAGGAUAUUUAGAGAAGUUACCGCAGUGGAUAACUUCUCUUCAUGGCCUCACGUGCUUAUCUUUGUGGUGGAGCAAGUUAAAGGAUGAUCCACUGAAAUCCUUUCAAGAUUUGCCCAAUCUGGUUUUUCUCUCACUUCCUUAUGAAGCAUACGAAGGGGAGGGAUUGUGUUUCAAGGCUGGUAGAUUUCAAAGACUCAAGCGUUUAUACCUUGGAAGAUUAAAAGGAUUGAGAUGGUUGACAAUGGAGGAAGGUGUACAAGAUGGGGAUUAUUGGAAAAUACAACACAUCCCAAAAGUAUGGAUUGAUGACUCAAAAGAUGGUUAUUGGAAAGGAAGAUAUCUCUAAUGAGAGAAAGGAAUUUUUUUUUUUUAAUGUUUAAUUUACCAAAUUGAUCAUUAUCAUGUUUAGUGCCGUUUCAUUUUCAUGUUCAUGUUCAUGUUCUUGUUAUUUUAUUUAUUUAUUGAAUUUCUCAUAGCGAUUUAGAAUUCUCAUUUUGUAUCUCUUUUUUAUUUAUUUAUAUUUUGUCGGCUUGCAAAUCUAAUAUGUAACCUCCUUAAUUAAUCUCUAAAGAAUUAUAGAAGCUUUAUUAAAUUCAAAUUUAGAAUUGCAAUUGUUUAUUUUGCAAUUGUAAUGAUUUUAAUUUGUAUCUGUACAAGUUAAACAGAUCUCAAAUGUAAUGUAAUUUUUAUUAG